AUGUUUCGAUGCCUGUGGAUGCAGGAAGCCUCAAUGCUUCGAAUCCUUAUGCCUUGUGUACAUGCGGCAUCCACAAAGAUGCGCUAUCCUACGGAUAUCUUCUUCAUGGAGGUCAUGCCAGUUUCGCCCUCGUUCUGUCGUUGGCCGCGUUUCGUUGGGGGUUACGCCUACGAACAUCCUACCACUGCUAUAUUCUCCCGGAUAAUCAAGCGAGCCAUUGCACUUCGACAAAUUGUUGACUACAUGGAAGAAAUGAACCUAUCAAGGAAUGCUCUUCCCGUCAAGGCUUCUCAACUCCGUGCUGCUUCGAAGGCAGCGCUUGACGAUGUGACUCCAGACGCGAUUGGACACAGAAUUCAGCCAACUAAUGUUCCUAUGACGGCCGAACGUGCCUUCACUGCCCUUCAUCGACUGGAGAAGAAACAGGGUCUUUUCCGCAUGCACAUGAUGGGCAAGCGAGUCAAUUAUGCCUGCCGAUCUGUCAUCAGUCCUGAUCCAAACCUGCGUGUUCAUGAGGUCUGUUUUAGUUUGGUGAUCUUGUCUGCAUUUUGCGCUUUCCAAUUUGGUAGGACUUUUUUAUUGAGGUCGCCUAAUAGAAAUAGGCUUCUUUUUUAA